AUGGGAUGGAAGCCAGUGGUAGUGAUGGUGUUAGUAUCACUGGCAUUUGCAGUUAUGAACGUAAUGGUUAAGAAAGCGAUUGAUGAAGGGAUGAAUCGCCUGGUUCUGAUCAUUCUUCGUCAGCUUGUUGCAGCUUUGUUCAUGGCUCCAGUGGCCUACGUGUGCGAGCGCAAGGCUAUUUUGAAGCUCACAACGGAGAUAUUCAUGUAUAUCUUCAUUAGUGCUCUCCUUGGGGUCUCUCUCACCCAAUAUUUGUUCUUUAUCGGGCUACAGUACACGUCUGCUACCUUUGCCUGUGCUUUUCUCAACAUGGUUCCUGUCACGACUUUCCUCAUGGCCCUGCCAUUCCGACUUGAGAGAGUGGACCUAAAGACCAAAGCUGGGAUGAUGAAGAUAAUGGGAGCUACAGUGUGCGUUGCAGGUGCAUUGCUGCUUACUUUAUACAAAGGAAUGGCUCUAAGUAGCCCAUCUCACAGCUUUCAAUCCUCCCAGCACAAAGAAGCUGAGUCUAUCAAUCACACCAGGACUUGGAAAUGGAUUUUGGGGUCUUUUGCUUUGUUUGGAGCUUGCUCUAGCUGGUCAUCUUGGUUCCUUGUCCAGUCCAAGAUACUGAAGAUCUAUCCUGCACUGUAUACUAGCACUACAGUUAUGUUCUUCCAAAGUUUCUUACAGGUUUCAGUGCUGAACUUGGUUACGCAGAGAAGAGCUUCAGUUUGGGCUUUUAGUUCGAAGUUGGAGAUUGCUACCGUGUUAUACUCGGGUCUGAUGGGUUCAGGAAUCUGUUUGUUGGCAUCGUCAUGGUGCAUUAAGCAAAAAGGUCCUGUCUUUACUGCAGCGUUUAAUCCAUUGACCCAAUUUAUUGUAGGCGCCAUUGAUCUUUACAUUCUUGGAGAGCCAUUGCACCUUGGAAGUCUUUUGGGGUCCAUCCUUGUGAUUUUUGGACUUUAUAUCCUUUUGUGGGGUAAGAGCAAGGAGGCCCAUGGCAUAGAAGUAAAGCAAAUUGAAGGUGGUAGGGAGAGCAAGGAGUCUAUUGAGGCAGUGUGACUAUUUUUAAUUAUUAACAAUUCCAACAUUUUUCCCAUGGAAUGUUUUUCAAUUGUAAUCAUGA